UACUGCUUAUUGUUCUCUGAACAGACCACUCACUCCUGACACCAUGUGUUACUAUGGCGGAUACUAUGGAGGCCUGGGCUAUGGCUAUGGUGGCCUAGGCUAUGGCUAUGGAUGUGGCUAUGGCUAUGGCUGUGGCUAUGGUGGCUAUGGUUAUGGCUGCUGCCGCCCACUGUGCUGUAGAAGGUACUGGUCCUGUGGAUUCUACUGAGGAGAUUCUGUAGCUGCUUACUCUAACUUUCUUCACUUCAGAGGUUCUUAAAUCUUCAUAAAUUCCAACCUUUAUUCAAACUAUCUAAGGAAUAAUAAAUGAAACACAACAUGG